CAUAUCUAAGAAGAUAUUGUAAAUAUUAUUAAAAAAAAUGAAGUCUGCUGUCUCUGUUAUUGCGGCCUCCUCUGCCCUGCUGGGCGUGGCCAGUGCCUCCGUUCAGGGUUUCGACAUCAGCAACUACCAGGGCAACAUUGACUGGAGCGGUGCAUACAACUCUGGCGCACGAUUCGUCAUUAUCAAAGCCACCGAGGGAACAGACUACAUCGACUCUGGUUUCAAUAGCCACUACACAGGCGCCACCAACGCCGGCUUCAUCCGCGGUGGCUAUCACUUUGCGCACCCAGACAGCAGCUCUGGUGCGGAUCAAGCAAACUAUUUCCUCGCCCACGGUGGUGGCUGGUCGGCCGAUGGAAUCACCCUCCCCGGUAUGCUCGACAUUGAAUACGCACCCAGCGGAAACGAAUGCUACGGGCUCUCUGCCAGCGACAUGGUCAGCUGGAUCACCGACUUUGUCAACACCUACGAGUCCGCCACUGGCCGUUACCCGAUGAUCUAUUCCACUAACGACUGGUGGUCAACCUGCACUGGAAACUCCGAUGCGUUCAGCUCGAACUCCCCGCUUGUGCUGGCUGAUUAUAAUAGCAGCCCAGGCACAAUUCCUGGUGGCUGGCCAUACCAGACAAUUUGGCAGAACUCCGAUAGCUACGCCUAUGGAGGGGACUCGGAUGUGUUCAACGGCGACGAAACGGCUCUUAAGAAGAUUGCUAGCGGUUAAGUAUCUUACUCACUCGGCUGGGAUGUGUCAGAUGUAGAGUGGUGAUAAUUGACUAGAUUGUCUCCAAUUAAUUAGCUAGACUGAUCAAUUUAUUUG